AUGCCUGCGGACUACGAAUCCACGGCACGGGCAUUGUCCCUGCCGACAUCGCCACCAGAGCCGCUGAUGGACUCCCCCGAAGGACGACGAGGAACAGCCGAUCUGGAGUCGAUCAGGCAGACGCGACUCGUCGGCACGGUGGUCGGUGAACCGGCGGCUGGGUUUCGCGAGCGAACGAUGGAGAGGGGAAGAAUGCUAUGGCGGUUAGCCAACGAACGAUACAAUCAGUUGACGCUUCUCCAGAAGAUUGGACUAUACGCGGCUUCAUUUGCCGCUCUCGCUUUAGGGGUUGGCAUCAUACACUUAACGAACAAAUUGUUCACUUGGCUGGGCCCGGUUGCAGAGCAAUGGCAGAAGUCCUGGUUGGUCGCAUUUAUCAUUUGGAUAAGCACCUUCUUCAUCUCAUUCCCACCAUUAGUGGGCUGGUCGACUUUGGGAACGGUGGCGGGAUACAUCUAUGGGUGGUGGAAAGGAUGGCUCAUCUUCAGUACCGCGACUGUCGUCGGAUCGACUGCCUCAUUUUACGUGUCGCGCACCGUACUCUCCAAAUUUGUCAAACGCAUGAUGGAACGUGACAAGCGGUUCGCGGCACUGGCCUUGACCCUCAAAUACGACGGCUUGAAGCUCCUCUGCAUGAUUCGUCUAUGCCCCCUACCAUACUCAUUCUGCAAUGGAGCAGUCUCAACAUUCCCGACUGUACAGCCGUUGAUGUACGGGCUGGCGACGGCAAUCAUCAGCCCCAAGCUCUUGGUCCCUGCGUUCAUCGGAAGCCGUCUGAGGCUGUUUUCCGACAAGAGCGAGCAAAUGAGUGCCGGGUCGAAGGCCAUCAACAUCAUCAGCAUCAUUGUGACUGUUUGCAUUGGAGUUUUUACGGUUUAUUACAUCUACAACCGAACACUGGCUCGUGCCAAAGAACUAGAGGACCAAGAACGUGAAGAAAUUCGCCAGUCCCUUCAAGCCGAUCAUGCGGCUCAUCGGGCCCAUCGCAGAUUCUCCGACGACGACAAUGUGAAUGCGGCUGCAAAGGUGUUGGCCGAGGACGAAGAAACACGCAUUGGCUUUGGCGACUUGGACAAUGACAAUGUGGAUUUGGAUCUGGACGAUGACAGUGACAGCAAGCCCUCGCGUUCACGGAGCAAGAGGCCAGGCCGGAAUUCAUACCACGAUGACUUCACGGAUAACGACUCGGACGAUUAUCCUGACGGAGGACAUGAGACGUAUGGACUCCAUAGGCAUAUCCCAUCAUGA